AGAUCUCUGUUAUGCAAAGUAUGGAUCCCUCGUCAAUAGACUUGGGCUCAAUACCCGGUGGCUCGGAGCAACAACAACACGAGGACGGAGCAGCAGCAGCAGCUGGAAGUCCCAAAGAAGUAUUUCGAAGUCAGCAAUCACUUGGGCUCAUUACACAACGAUUCAUGAGCCUACGGCAAAGGAAUGAGGUGCUCAAUUUGAAUGAAGUGGCCAAAGAGUUGAAUAUCUCGAAACGACGCGUCUAUGACGUCAUCAAUGUGCUCGAGGGGCUCGGUUAUGUGGAGAAGGUGGAGAAGAAUAAUAUUCGAUGGAUUGGAGACAACAACAAUUCCGAAGAGCAAAACGCGCUCGAGGCCCGAGUCGAGAUGCUCCGCCAACAGGAAAAGCUGCUCGAACUGAUGAUACGAGAUGCUCAAGCGAUUAUUGAGCUCCAUUUUGAGGAUCCAAUUGAGCGGCCCUAUAAUUAUGUGAGCAAAGAAGACAUUCGAAAAACCGCCGAGCCGAACACAAAAUCGAUUAUCGUAAAAUCAGAACUGGAUACGAGCAGCUCCUUUGAGAUCCAAGUAACAGACCCGAGCACCAGUGGCUCACACGAUAUGAUAGUUCGGAAUAAGAAUGGAGUCAAAUCUCACGCGUUGCUCUUCACAAAUGAUCCGCCAGAGUACGGCGAUGAGGAGGACGAGGACGAUGUGAAAAAAUUAUCAUCACAAAAAAGAUUUGAGACAUCUGAAGCAUUACGUGUAACCCUAGCUGAAAUGCUAACAGAUCCCACAACAAUCUCAUCAUCACCAAAACACAUCAAAUUAGAAGAACCGGAGGAAAUUGAUACCGAGGAUUUGGAAACCUUUGUGCUCCCUCCAUCCACAUCAGCUUCACAAUCAAAUGCUCCAUAUCUACCAGAAACUCCAGGCCGUGGGCUCUUUUUCAGUCCAUUCAAGUCACUUAUCGAUCCGUGUAUUCUGCCGAGUUUCUCCGAUGAUCUGACAAGUGGUUAUAUUAAUAUUACGACACCGUCGAGAGCCACUGGAGCCGGAGCCGGAGCCAGCGGCCAGGAAGACGAGGAGCCCGUCAGUGUUAUGGACUUUUUCUCUGAUUAAUUUUUGAAUUUAUUUUAAAUUGUGUUAUUUUUAAAAAGGUUUUCUUUUUGUUAAAAAUUGAGAAUUUUGGUGGAAUCGCGCUGCAAACGCGCUCCACGGCAAUCAUUUUUCGUUUUUUUUUGUGCCAUGUGGUGCCAGCCAGGCUGUCCCAUAACGGUUUGAUCUACAAAAAAUGCGGGAAUUUUUUGCACAAAAAGUAAAAAAGUAUGACGUCAGCACGUUCUUAACCAUGCGAAAUCAGUUGAGAACUCUCUUGUAUCUCUUCUCCCGCAUUUUUUGUAGAUCAACGUAGAUCAAGCUGAAAUGAGACCUCAAUAAAAACACGAGGAAUUCAAAUUUUUGGCCGUGGAGCGCGCUUGCAUCACGAUUUCAACCCCCCCCCCCCCCCCUGAUGACGUCACAGUGUACCUUUUUUUUGAAUCUCGGUUGAAUUAUCUCUUCCAUUAUUAUUACAUCUCCCCCGCCCAGAAUAUCUCAGGUUUUUUGUUUUAAAAUAUUAUUUUUGAAAAUUUUCUAAUUUCUUUUAAUUCUCUAUACCUUUUUCGGCUCAUAAAUUCCCCUUUUUUUUCUCGAAAGUUUGAUUUAAACAUAUACAUAUGUACGAAUUUUAUUGAU